GCAUGUGCAGUGAGUCGCUUGCGUGUGUGGAUGAUUCGGCCUGAAGCAGCCAUGGCUCGGCUCCGUGUCCUCAUCCUGUUACCGCUUAUUGUUCAGUCCGUGGCUUCGAUUUCGUUCUUUCUGCCGAUCAGAACACGGAAAUGUCUGAAGGAGGAGAUCCAUAAAGACGUCCUGGUGACCGGGGAGUAUGAGAUCAGCGAGCAGGCGAACAGUAAAGUGAACCUGAAGAUCACAGACUCUUCGGGUCACAUCUUGUACUCCAAAGAGGAUGCAACAAAGGGCAAGUUCGCCUUCACCACCGAGGACUACGACAUGUUCGAGGUUUGCUUCGAGAGCAAGUCACAGAUGGCUAUAGGGCGAGUACCUGAUCAGCUGAUUAAUCUGAACAUGAAACAUGGAGUGGAGGCUAAAAACUACGAGGAGAUUGCGAAGGUGGAGAAGUUGAAGCCCCUGGAGGUGGAGCUGAGGCGUCUAGAGGAUCUCUCUGAGUCGAUUGUUAAUGACUUUGCCUACAUGAAGAAGAGAGAGGAGGAGAUGAGGGACACCAACGAGUCGACGAACACGCGUGUGCUGUACUUCAGCGUGUUCUCCAUGUGUUGUCUGAUUGGUCUGGCCACGUGGCAGGUCUUCUACCUGCGUCGGUUCUUCAAAGCAAAGAAGCUCAUCGAGUAAACAUCAACAGCAACAACCACAGCUGCCAAUCACACACCAGGACCCGCCCACAACUUCCUUUGACAUUAUUACACAAACUUUUAGUUUCCCGUUUCACAAAGCUAGUGCUGUGUGUGUGUGUGUGUGUGUGUGUGUGUGCGCGCUCAGUAGCUGACUGUGGGGAAGAGCGCUAGCACGUCACCAUGCUAAUGUUUCAGUGUCGUUUUUGAUAAAAACUACAUUUAUAAUAAAAUCACGUUUAUUCUUUAUAGUUUAUUACUUUGUUAGAGUGAUAAAUGUUUGUACAUCUGCAGCUGUUGUUCCUCCAUAAUUCAUUUGUUUCUCAAACACACACACACACACACACACACAAAUUUCCACUUAAGCUCCGCCCCCUGCUGCAGUAUUUCCCUGUAGAAGACUGGUAUCAGUUACCGGUGAGCCGGGCUGAUCCCAUGCUGAUAUCAUGAUGAAUAAUUGUACGUCAUGACUGAUUUGAUGAGGUCCAUAUUAGCCCAGUUAUUUUCCUCUCUCUCUCUCUCUCUCUCUCUCUCUCUUAUUGUUGUUGUAACCACUCUUCAGUAGUGAAUACGGAUAAAUCUGGAAUGUUGGAGAAUCUCCACCCAAAAACAGAACUGUAAUGAAGUUUGUGUUUAGUAUCAUGAGAAGAGUCUGAUCUCUUGUGAGUUUUUGUCAGUCAGGGCGGCUGUUUUCUCUCCAUCCUCCUCUCCUCCUCUUUAACUUUGUGCUUUGUGUUGGAUUUCAUGUUUCUGGUGGAGCUCAUUAGAGGGUGACGGAUUAUUUGAUUUUAAUGUUAUCAUUUUGCAGUCAGUAACUGAUUGUUCACUGGUUUAUUGAUUAAAUCCUGAGAGUCAUUCAAUAAACUUUGUUACUUAAAACA